CAGUGACUCAACUCAAUGACGACAAUGACAGACGUUAGGUCAGUUCGUUCGUUCAAUUCAAUUCAGUGUUUAUUUAUUAAACUUCGUCUUGAGUAGGUAAAAUCCGUUCGUAUGCCGAGCUUGACUUCAUACUAAAUAUCACUGCAAUAUCGUUUGCUACGUGUAAUUGUGUUUGUUUAGUGCGUCAGUUAUUUAAAAAAAUUUUUCUACGUGUAAACUUUAACUCCCGAUAUUCGUAGUUAGAACAUUUUUGUGUAGUGGAUAUAAACAAUAAUUCGUUCAGUGCAUUUCAGUAGACUUCUCGUGUUAUUGUGGAGCGACGUUAACAGUGCACAUAUAAAAAUGGAUACCCUAAAUGAGUAUACGCUGGAAUUACCAGAUUUAAUUCCUUUUGACCCUGCCCUGUGGUUCGCAUUAGUAGAACCAAUGUUCGCCGCUGUUGGCGUCGUCGAUGACACUAAGAAAUACUUCUGGGUAGUGAGUAAGUUGAAAUCAAGUGAAGCCAAAGAACUGGGAGACGUACUGAUGGAUCCACUUGAGAAUGGACAGUAUGACAAGCUCAAAACUGCAAUGAUUGAUAGAUUAUACUCAGAAAAAGAGGCGAAGAAGUUCGUAGGUGACAAACCUUCAGUUUUCUUUCUGCAUCUCAAAAUUCUUGGUCGUUUUCUGGUGCCCGAAGAAGUGAUUCUUAAACUGUGGAUGGAGCGUUUGCCUCUGCAUGUGAAGACGAUUCUGGAACUCGUUGCUAGGCAACCAAAGAAGGAACUUGACAAGGUCGCCAUCACCAAGAUCGCGGAUGUAAUCGCAGAGAAUUUCGCGCCGAAAUCUGUCGUGACAAUGACAACAGAUCAAGUUAAGAUUUUACUACAAGAAGUAGCUGACUUGAAACAACAAAUGGUUGAAAUUAAAGCAUUGGUUAUGAAGCUCGUGGCGCAAAGAGACGGGCCACAGUCUCGUUCUAGAGGAAGAUCUCGACGUCGUUCUACUUCUAGAAGUAGCUCAGCUGGUAUUACUCGUGUGUGUUGGUACCAUCGUGUUUAUGGUGGUGAUGCUCAUAAUUGCGUAUCACCCUGCUCAUAUUAGGGCCCCCUGUCUGUCAAUUAGCCCCCCCAAAGCAAAGCCUGACACCGCGUCGGGGCGACGUCGACGCGGCGUUUUUUUCCAUACAGUUGGCCCGACGAGACGCUAAAUGUGGGGGCUAACAUUGUACGAGUCAUUGUAGAGACUGUAGACUGAAACUCAAGGAACCUAUUGAAACCAUAACAGGAAACAUAAAUCGCUGAGAAUGCGCGAUUACGAAGAAACGUACCUACUUUAGCCAAUGCAUGCCUAUUACAUACGGGUGGUACUAAAGUACUAUGUGAUACUAUUAUAUCAUGAUUUAUGACCUGUGCUUAUGUACUUGGUAUGUCACAAAGCAUUGGAACAGAUUUAGUAGGGUCCCUUGCAAGACUGAUAGUUAAGU